AUGGCUGCCGUCAACUCAGCCACCUCCUGGUCUUCUGAGGUCAGACCCUGCUCUGCUCCGUGGGGGCACCAUCUCAUGUUUAGAUUCAGCCUUCCUCUUCCUUACAAGUCUUUAUUUUUUUCUACUGGGCUGUCUGGCCAUCCGAGGCUUCUGCUUCUCUGACAGUUUAGUGAAAAUCAGAGCUCUGUGCCUCACGUCCCUCUGCAUACCGACCAGACAGCAUUUUUCUUCGUCUGGCAGGUGCUGACUGUACUGGGAGAUAAACAGCCCUAUUUGGCAUGACCAGUGCUCCCAGUACAGCAUACAGAUGCCGAAAUCAUGUAGAACUGUAGAGAGAAAGAAACCAUAAGCCAAAAAAUCCAUAAGCCAUGAACCUUAACCAUAAAACCCUGGUGCUGUAGAGAUAGCCUUUACCGAUGUGAACAGGAUCCACCUUUCCAACAUGGCCGGUAGCCAGGGGUCAUUGGCUGAGUGGUUUCUGCUGUUGUUGAUCACUGCUGUGAUCACGUCAAUCAACCAUCAAGCCAAGAUUCCUUCGUCAUGACAAGUCAGCUCGGAGCGCUGUGUGAAAACCUGUGUCAGGAGAAUGGGGACACUGUGUCUAUUGAUCUGAGACAGGGGCUGAAAUAUCAUCGCACAAUACCAUUGAUGCCAAGAGGGACAACCCUGGAGCUUUGUGGGUGAAAAGAAUGGCCCUGGUGGGACAUAGUCUUCUCCAUAACCAUAUCCAAAGUGUAUAAGAUGCUUUGCCAUUAAAAAGUGUGGACUGAACUGGCUACUUGAGCGCUGCUGGUGUCAGAUCAUUACUACCACUACCAUUGUGCCCUUGAGCAAGGCACGCGACUAACCCUCUGCCUCUCCAAGACGAAUUUCCGUUCUAACCAAAUAGACAACAAUGUACUGUAUCUAUUCUUUAUUCUAAUCUAUUCCCUCUCUGUCUCCCCAGGCGUUUGGCCAGGCCUACUCCAACCAGCGUAAGGUGGCGGAAGAUGGCGAGAGCAACGAGGAGUCGCUGCUGCAGGAGUCAGCAUCUAAGGAGGCCUACUACAUGGGCCGGGUGCUGGAGUUGCAGACAGAGCUGAAGCUGAGCCGCUCGGUGGCAUCCAACGCGUCCAACGAGAGUGAAAGGCUCAACGCCGUGCUGCAGGAGCACAGAGAGGUAGUGACUUUUGACCACUGAUGUCAAUUACUCACACCUCAGACUAGUGUCAUGCUGUAAUUCAGUUUGAGCUGUAGCAUGGUGUUUCACGUUUACACUGUGUACAUGUGGGCUACUGGGAAUCCACAAUAUGAUCUUCUGUACAUAAUGUAGCCUGCUGUAGCCAGUACUGGAAUGUCACACAUUUAGAUUUUAUUUGUCAAUUAACAUGAGGUGCAUCUUGCUUGUCUUAAUUUCUUCCCUGCUGAUAGGGAACUGUUUUAUUGUUGUUGGUGGUGUUUGUGUCAAACUCUGUGUAAGAUACAGUAGCCAUCACAGGGUCACUCUGAAGGGUGGAUUGGGGUCAUGCAGAGUGUUUGUGUGUGUGUGUGUGUGUGUGUGUGUGCGUGUGCGUAAGCGUACAAGCCUGUGUGUGUUGGUGUAGGUGUGCGUGCGUACAUGCCUGUGUGGGGGGGGGUUACGUACGUGUCAGCAGUCGCAGAGGGGUUCGGGCCGAGGUCAGACGCUGCUGCGGCCACGACACUAUUGUAGAGGGCAAAUCCUGUGCUAAGCUAGGGAAUAAGAGAAAUGCCCUGACCUCGGCACAUGUGCGUCCCUGAGUGAGCCGGGCUGCUCUCCCAUCACACAGUGCAGGGCAGACUGUGCCCUCCCAGCCAGGGAGCCGCAGCAGUUCAUUCACUAGUUAGAUUAGCUGCUCCACGCGCUGUUGGCAGGGACCACUGGGGUCGCACAGUCACUGUUUGUUUCCGCUUCACUUGUCAUUCCAAGCUUUUCAAAAAUGUGAGUCCAGUUAUUGUGAUUCAAAUUCAAUAUUAUUUGUCUCGGAUGUUAAAGAUUAUAAAUAAUGUAACCAAGUAACAAAGUCUAAAACAUAUUGAAAGAUUACAUAGGCUAUACAUGUAAUUGGGCCAGAAACCAUUGGGACUGUAGCGGGUGAUUUGAACAGAGUCAGGCGCAGGAGGGUAAAUCACAGAAUAAAUGGUUUAUUCGGCAAAUACAGCGUUACGCAGCAAUGCGUAAAACUCUACAAUGUGGUAUAACGGCGCACUGGAGAAAACAAAGCACACGGGUGAAUAUCCCAGCGAUACAAUACAUAAAGCUCCACCGAGCUAUCGUCACCUCCACAAGAAAACAAUCACACACAAAGACAUGGGGGCAGAGGGAAUACUUAUACAGGUACUGAUGAGUGGAUAUGAACCAGGUGUGUGUAAAAACAAGACAAAACAAAUGGAAUGAUGAGAUGAGGAGCAGUGGCUAGAAGGCCGGUGACGACGAGUGCCGAAGCCUGCCCGAUCAAGGAGAGGAGGCAGCUUCGGAGGAAGUCGUGACAGGUACUGCCCUAUGAAAAGCCUCCUAAUGAAUGAAAGGAUAUUCUGGCUGUUGCUCUUUAAAACGACUGGCCCCUCAGUUUCCCAUUUUUACUGUGCCUAGUUUAAUCAAUCCAAUACACUGUCUCUGCUAUCUCUCACAUGCACCUGUCACCUGUUUCCUUCGUGACCAUGGCAGCCCUUGGCUCUUUGAUGAUCUGUUGGUUAGCCUGUUGCCUUGCUGUGUAGACCUCAUUUGCCUGUGCGGCGCAUAUCAAUUAGAAGCCGGUCUCUUUUUUAAUGUGGGAGACAGAUGCUGCAGCUACACAAUGGGCUUCAUUUGUCUCUAUCUGCAUCUAAUCAACUUGUUUCAUAUGGAUUCCAAACAGCUUCUGUAUCAGCAGUAUUUUCAUCUAGGAAAACCAAAGGAAUGUAGUGAAGAAAGUGUUUUUCUAGGUUUGGAGGCUAAAGGAUAGAGACUAGGUUAAUAGUAGGCUCUGUGUAUUGUACUGUUUGUAAUUGAAAUAGGCUCUGGCCUGUCACUAGUUGUUAACCUACAUUGUUGAAAUGAAUCCUGGCCCUGAUGUAGAAUGGGACACUGGGCUACAGUAUUGGCCUUUCCCAUUGUGGUUGUGUUGUGCUAGAGGUUGACGGUGCACUGGCCCUGACCUGACCCUGUGGUGGUGUGGAGGAGCCCCGGAUUACCCCAGCCUCUAUAGACCUUCACUGGCUGAUCAUUGGCCAGUAAUCCCCUGGACAUCAUGGACAGCUCAGUCCUAAUGCCCUGCUUUGUGACGAAUAUGUAAUGAGAAAACACUACCCAUUAGCAAACCUCCGGGGUCAUAUAUAAGUAACAGUAAUGUCACAGAGUUUGUUCAUUAGCUGUUUUUCUCAUAUGUAUUUUUGACAUUCUAUUGUCUUCUCCGUAAGUUUCCUCAAGUAUCUAGGUAGCAACAGGGGGUAGUGCUGCAUCAGGAUGAGUAGCAACGCUGUGCUUUCAAGUACAAUGCUGUAUAGUGUGUCAUGAGGUGGGUGGGUGUCUUUUUUAAGGAAUGACAAGAGAAGAUAAAGUGCUCUUAUAUUGAAGUGGCUUUCUAUUCUUCUUGGCGUUGACAUACACAUGAAAACGCUGUGCUUUUGCUGCUGAGGCUUAUCUUCCCGACUUGUAACCGAAUCCCCAGAUUUAUGACACUUUCGGUCACUACUAGAAUUUCUCCCACCUAAUAUAUCAUCUGAUCCACCACAGCAUGUUCAGAGCUCUAUAGCUGCUGCCUCUGUUCUCUGCGAUUGGCCCAAAAGAAUGAUCUUGCAGCGAGGGAGAGUGCUGAAUCUUUUCUUUUUACUCAAGAGGGGCAAUUUGUUUCACAGUCUCAGAGUCUGAUCAUCAUCAACACAUCAGAGGAGAUACUGUGUGCGUGGCCUAUUUAGAUUUGGUGCAUUAAAGGAAGGCGAGAGGCCAGGUAUCUGGACUGGAGAUCAAGCAGAACAAAGGCAUCUGUAAUUACUGCAUCCAGGAGUUUCAGAACAUGCAGCAAAGUGCCUCUGAUUCACAUACUAUGGUGCAAACACAGAGACAAAGUAGUGCUGAUACAUGCCAGACUGUUUUAGUUCAUGUUUCGACACAUUGACAUUCAUACUGUAGUUAAUAUAAUGACAUAAUGUUGUAACUACUCAGUAAAGAUACUGUAGUUAAUAUAAUGACAUAAUGUUGUAACUACUCAGUAAAGAUACUGUAGUUAAUAUAAUGACAUAAUGUUGUAACUACCCAGUAAAGAUACUGUAGUUAAUAUAAUGACAUAAUGUUGUAACUACCCAGUAAAGAUACUGUAGUUAAUAUAAUGACAUAAUGUUGUAACUACCCAGUAAAGAUACUGUAGUUAAUAUAAUGACAUAAUGUUGUAACUAACCAGUAAAGAUACUGUAGUUAAUAUAAUGACAAAAUGUUGUAACUACCCAGUAAAGAUACUGUAGUUAAUAUAAUGACAUAAUGUUGUAACUACCCAGUAAAGAUACUGUAGUUAAUAUAAUGACAUAAUGUUGUAACUACCCAGUAAAGAUACUGUAGAUUGGCGGCCAGCAGGUGAUCUAUACAUAGUCAGUGCAAACGAUUCUAUGUUUUGUGAAUGAUUAUACAGUAUGUACUUGAUCUGUUGAAUAGUUUGCAGAUUAGGACCUGACUUUCCCUCACUUUCCUUCUCUCUCUCUCCUUUCUACUCCCAGAGUAAUGAGAAGCUGGAGUUGCAGCGGAGCCGGAUGAGGGAGGAGAUCAGGGAGUAUAAAUUCAGAGAGGCCCGUCUCCUACAGGACUACACAGAGCUGGAGGAGGAGAACAUCACCCUGCAGAAACUAGUGUCCACACUCAAACAGAACCAGGUCAGCAUCAACACCAUUACUGUUAGGGUUUACUGCACACACAGUACAGACAGCCACACCUGUCUCUCAGCCAUUACCGUUAUUGUUUACCUCACACAGUCAUCAAUACAUCUUAAAGUGACUCAUACACAGUCAUAGCAAAUUACGUUACUCAAAUGUUGAAUCAGCUCAACCAAGUUCCUUAUUGUCUGACCUUAAAGGGGCAAUCUGCAGUUGCUACAUCAAUUUUUGGACAAAUAAAUUAAUGAUAUGUACCCAUUGAUUCUUGAAGAAUAUAACUUAUAAAUGCCUCAUGAGCUUGGUUCAACUCUCGUACCCUAUCAGAACCCAAAAUACUAGCUUGUUUUACUCCAAUAAUUGUUAACAAAGUAAAUAUAAACAAACACUGUAUAGCCUCAAAACAUAGAUAAAACGGUAAUGUUGAUAUCAUGGAUGGUCAGUCAUUGCAUCCAUAGCUCUGUCUAUGAAUUUGAGAGUGGUUACAUUUCUCCAGCCCAAUCCCUCAGCUUUUUACCAAAACGGGGGUGGGGAUAACGCUUGGUUAUUGGUUCAACUGCUGAUUGCGGCUUUAAAACUACUUAUAAUGUACAUUACUUAACCCUGUCAUCUAUCUGUGUCCUUUCUGUCUGUCUGUUCUCUAUCUGUGUGUCCCUUUUCCCUCCUGUCCUCUGUCUGUCCCCUGUCCCCUGCUCCCCCUCUCCCCCAGGUGGAGUACGAAGGUCUGAAGCAUGAGAUCAAGGUUCUGGAGGAGGAGACGGUGCUGCUGAACAGCCAGCUGGAGGACGCUCUGCGUCUGAAGGACAUCUCUCAGUCCCAGCUGGAGGAGGCCCUGGACGCCCUGAAGAGCGAGAGGGAGCAGAAGAACAGCCUGAGGAAGGAGCUGGCCCACCACAUCACCCUCAGCGACAGUGUGUAUGGGGCCGGAGCCCACCUGGCUCUCACCGCCACGGUCGACGGGCUCAAGUUCGCCACCGAAGAGGUCGGGAGUAAUGGUACAGCAAUUCCCAAUGGCGCCAACGGGAAUGAGGAUAGUAAUGGCGACUGUAACGGCCACCUGGGACUGGCUAAGAUAAACGGCGACUACCGGCUGCCCAGGAAUGGGGAAGGGCUGCACGGUCCUGUGUCAGACCUCUUCAGCGAGCUCAACUUGUCUGAGAUACAGAAACUCAAACAGCAGCUCCUUCAGGUGGGUCUCUAGUCUAGCUGAAAGGUCAAGAAACAUAGUGUGUUCUUCUCACUACUAUGUCUGAGGAAUAGUUAGCCUGGUCUCAGAUCUGUUUGUGCUGUCUUGCCAACUCUUAUGGUCAUUGUCAGGUAAAAAUUAUCAUAGGAGUUGGCAAGACAGCACAAGCAGACCACCUUCCUCAUUUGCUCUGAGCAAAUCAAUGUGGUUUACUUAGAGAGACAAAACCAGCGAUUUGGCCUACACACCUAAUGCAUUAGAAGACGGUUAUCGACCCCCUCUGUCCACAGCACAUUUCAUUAGGGAAUGGGAGUGUCUUACUAGCGACUUCACAGUAUUCUGACUAGACAACCGAACAACCUGACUCAAUGAUUACAACAGUCAGUGCUCUCGUCACACUACUGCAGGCAGCAUCGAACCAAUCACAAGGGGGUGACAUUUUGAGAAUAAGACAAAAAAAAAAGCCUGUCAGAUGUCGUCCAUCUUUUAUUCUCUAGCAGACCAUAAGUCUGUGACCACGCUCCAUAUGAUUUACCAAUGGCUUUACAUGACUAAUUUCAGAACUAUUUCUAAAGACUUCCAUCUCAAGUGGGCCAUUGGGGCUCAUUUGGCAGAUUUUGGGGAAAUGUAGGGACGUUAGCAGACAGGGAAGAGUAGAACGGCAGAGCGGUGGCGUGGAGGAGGGUAAGGCGUGUGCAAUUUUGAGGCCUGUCUGGGCGAUUAGUGUCAGACAGCGCAGGGCAGCGGAUCCAGAGGAGAGCGGAAAGCAGAGGGAGAGAGAUGGUUCUUAGAGAAUCCCUCACAGGGACAGGAGAGAACACAGAGGGACAACACACAUAUGCACAGGGAGGAUACACAGGACAACACACACACACAGGACAACACACACACACAGGACAACACAAACAUAAUGUACAUACAGUACAUACAGGUAACUGACAAAAUAAAGGAAACACUUGAGUAAAUGAGGGAUACAAGGUAUAUUGAAAGCAGGUGCUUCCACACAGGUGUGGUUAAUUAAGCAAUUAACAUCCCAUGCUUAGGGUCAUGUAUAAAAAUGCCCAGUUGCCCAUGAUUUUGGCUACCAUGGCUAGAAGAAGAGAUUUCAGUGACUUUGAAAGAGGAGUCUCAAAGGAGCAUAGGGGGUUUAAAGGGUGUGUGUGUGUGUGUGUGUGUGUGAGUGUGUGAGUGAGUGCGUGCGCCUCUCAGUCACCAGAUCUCAACCCAAUUGAACACUUAUGGGAGAUUCUGGAGCGGCGCCUGAGACAGCGUUUUCUACCAGCCUUAACAAAACACCAAAUUAUGGAAUUUCUCAUGGAAGAAUGGUGUUGCAUCCCUCCAAUAGAGUUCCAGACAUAAUCUAUGCCAAGGCGCACACUUGUUUCUCUUGCUGAGGUCAGUGGCGAAAUGAAUGAUUACAUUUGUGGAUCCAAAAUGUAUCACUAGAGGUUUGAAUUACUCUUCAAAUGGAUGUCCCCUCUUGAAUUAAUCAAGGUUCCAUUAAGUAAACAACGCCAGGCUCUUAAUUGCUUUCAGGAGAGGGCGACUUUAAUUUGUCAUGCUCACUGUGUUGUAAUUUAUAUCUGUUUCCAUAAAGCAUUACAUUAGAUUCACUCAAUUUAUCCUGGAUAGCAGCCAUAUUGUCACACCAGCCUUCGCUUUGGCUCCCCCUCCUGUCCAACUCAGGUGUUCGGCAUCACCGGCCUUCUAGCUGCUGCCGAACCUGCUGAUGGCAAAUGCCCUUCACUCUUUAACCCCGGUCUUGUCUUGUCAUCAUUACACACACCUGGUUCCAAUCCCCACUCUAUCACUGUAUAUACAGUUGAAGUCGGAAGUUUACAUACACCUUAGCCAAAUACAUUUAAACUCAGUUUUUUACAAUUCCUGACAUUUAAUCCUGGUAAAAAUUCCCUGUCUUAGGUCAGUUAGGAUCACCACUUUAUUUUAAGAAUGUGAAAUGUCAGAAUAAUAGUAGAGAGAAUUAUUUAUUGAUGCUUUUAUUUCUUUCAUCACAUUCCCAGUGGGUCAGAAGUUUACAUACACUCAAUUAGUAUUUGGUAACAUUGCCUUUAAAUUGUUUAACUUGGGUCAAACUUUUCGGGUAGCCUUCCACAAGCUUCCCACAAUAAGUUGGGUGAAUUUUGGCCCAUUUCUCCUGACAGAGCUGGUGUAACUGAGUCAGGUUUGUAGGCCUCCUUGCUCACACACGCUUCAGUUCUGCCCACACAUUUUCUAUAGGAUUGAGGUCAGGGCUUUGUGAUGGCCACUCCAAUACCUUGACUUUGUUGUCCUUAAGCCAUUUUGCCACAACUUUGGAAGUAUGCUUGGGAAGUAUGUCAUUGUCCAUUUGGAAGACCCAUUUGUGACCAAGCUUUAACUUCCUGACUGAUGUCUUGAGAUGUUGCUUCAAUAUAUCCACAUAAUUUUCCUUUCUCAUGAUGCCAUCUAUUUUGUGAAGUGCACCAGUCCCUCCUGCAGCAAAGCACCCCCACAGCAUGAUGCUGCCACCCCCGUGCUUCACGGUUGGAAUGUGUUCUUCGGCUUGCAAGCCAACCCCUUUUUCCUCCAAACAUAACAAUCGUCUUUAUGGCCAAACAGUUCUAUUUUUGUUUCAUCAGACCAGAGGACAUUUCUCCAAAAAGUAUGAUCUUUGUCCCCAUGUGCAGUUGCAAACCGUAAACUGGCUUUUUUAUGGCGGUGUUGGAGCAGUGGCUUCUUCCUUGCUGAGCGGCCUUUCAGGUUAUGUCGAUAUAGGACUCAUUUUACUGUGGAUAGAGAUACUUUUGUACCCGUUUCCUCCAGCAUCUUCACAAGGUCCUUUGCUGUUGUUCUGGGAUUGAUUUGCACUUUUCGCACCAAAGUACAUUAAUCAAAUAUACUUUCCUGCAACCCGCCUCACCCAAUGUGAAAUGGAUUCUAUUAUUUCUUAAUUUUUAUCAAGAACCUACGGCUGAAACUAGCCAGCUAGCCAGCUAACUAGCUACUUGCUAUUAGCGGUCUUCACCACUGUCCGUGGCCUGCACUACCUACCAGCCAGCUCUAGCCUGGACAAUUAUCGGCCAGUGUGCACAGUGUGCUAUCGACCCAGAGCAUAUCGGAUUUUCUGCCAGAAUCACUGAAUCACUGGACCGUAACACCGGACCAUCGCAACUAGCUAGCUGCAACCGAAUGGCUGUUGUUGGCUAAUCACCACUGUCCCAACGUACCAGUUAGCCUUGAGCUAGCCUCGAGCCAGGCCCAUCUCCCGGCUAUCUACCUCUCUGUCAACCGGACGGGACCUCCUAGUGUCGACACGGAGCCCCGCCGAUCCAUCACGACUGGUCUGCCGACGUAAUCGUCUUAUGUGGCUUCAACAGGCUUCCCGUUGCGACGACCACGGAGAUCCAUCUGCUAGCCCCGGCCUGCUAGCACGCGCAAUCAACAGCCGUGCCUCCUGCUUGCCUGUGCUGUAGCAGCCUACGAAUUGCUCCCGGACGUACUUAUUGCUGUUCACUGGACCUUAUGAUCACUCAGCUACACAGCUAAUGCCUGCUGGACUGUUCCUUUACACGGUACCCCAUCCUGUUUAUCUGUUUAGCCUCAGCCCAAACUUUCGCCACCAUUACCAGUUGUUGUCUUAGCCCUCUCGAAUAACACCUAUGAUUGCGUUAUGCCUCUCUCCCAUGUCAAUAUGCCUAGCCUAUUGCUGUUUGGGUUAGUUCUUAUUAUACAAUUUCACUGUAGACCCCCCAGUCCCGCUCAACCAGCCUCAGAGAGCUCCUUUGUCCCACCACCCAUACACACGGAGACCGGCUCAAUCGGUACCUCCAGUGAUGCUAUCUCUUUCAUAGUUACCCAAUGCUUAGGUGUACCUCCACAGUACUCAUAUCCUUCCAUAUCCUUGUCUGUACAUAAUGCCCUGAAUCUAUUCUACAAUGCCCGGAAAUCUGCCCCUUUUAUUCUCUGUACCCAACACACUAGAAGACCAGUUCUUAAAGCCUUUAGCCGUAUCCUUAUUCUAUUCCUCCUCUGUUCCUCUGGUGAUGUAGAGGUUAACCCAGGCCCUGUAGCCCCCAGUAUCACUCCUACCCCCCUGGCGCUAUCAUUUCUUGACUUCUGUAACCGUAAAAGCCUUGGUUUCUUGCAUGUUAACAUCAGAAGCCUCCUACCCAAGUUUGAGUUAUUCACUGCGUUAGCACACUCUGCCAACCCUGAUGUCCUAGCAGUGUCUGAAUCUUGGCUUAGGAAGGCCACCAAAAAUUCAGAAAUGUCCAUCCCGAACUACAACAUUUUCCAUCUAGAUAGAACUGCCAAAGGGGAAGGAGUUGCAAUCUACUGUAGAGAUAGCCUGCAGAGCUCUAUCAUACUAUCCAGGUCUGUGCCCAAACAGUUUGAGCUUCUACUUCUAAAAAUCCACCUUUCCAGAAAUAAGUCUCUCACUGUUGCCGCUUGCUACAGACCCCCCUCAGCCCCCAGUUGUUCCCUGGACACCAUAUGUGAAUUGCUUGCCCCCCAUCUAUCCUCAGAAUUCGUACUGCUUGGUGACCUAAACUGGGAUAUGCUUAACACCCCGGCCGUCCUACAAUCUAAACUAGAUUCCCUCAAUCUCCCACAAAUUAUCAAGGAACCUACCAGGUACUACCCUAAAUCCGUAAACAUGGGCACCCUCAUAGAUAUCAGCCUGACUAAUAUACCCUCUAAAUACACCUCCGCUGUCUUCAACCAGGAUCUCAGCGAUCACUGCCUCAUUCCCUGCGUCCGUAAUGGGUCCGCGGUCAAACGCUCCCUAAAACACUUCAGCGAGCAGGCCUUUCUAAUUGACCUGGCCCGGGUAUCCUGGAUGGAUAUUGACCUCAUUCCGUCAGUAGAGGAUGCCUGGAAGUUUUUCAAAAGUGCUUUCCUCUCCAUCUUAAAUAAGCAUGCCCCAUUCAAAACAUUCAGGACUAAGAACAGAUAUAGCCCCUGGGUCACCCCAGACUUGACUGCCCUUGACCAGCACAAAAACAUCCUGUGGCGUACUGCAUUAGCAUCGAACAGCCCCCGCGAUAUGCAACUUUUCAGGGAAGUCAGGAACCUAUAUACACAAUCAGUUAGGAAAGCAAAGGCUAGCUUUUUCAAACAGAAAUGUGCAUCCUGUAGCACUAACUCCAAAAAGUUUUGGGACACUGUAAAGUCCAUGGAGAAUAAGAGCACCUCCUCUCAGCUACCCACUGCACUGAGGCUAGGAAACACUGUCACCACCGAUAAAUCUACGAUAAUCGAGAAUUUCAAUAAGCAUUUUGCUACGGCUGGCCAUGCUUUCCACCUGGCUACCCCUACCCCAGCCACCAGCUCUGCACCCUCCGCUGCAACUUGCCCAUGCCCCCGCCGUCAUCAUCGACCUGGCCAAGGCUUUUGACUCUGUCAAUCACCGCAUUCUUAUUGACAGACUAAAUAGCCUUGGUUUCUCAAAUGACUGCCUCGCCUGGUUCACCAACUACUUCUCAGAUAGAGUUCAAUGUGUCAAAUCGGAGGGUCUGUUGUCUGGACCUCUGGCAGUCUCUAUUGGGGUGCCACAGGGUUCAAUUCUCGGGCCGACUCUAUUCUCUGUGUAUAUCAAUGAUGUCGCUCUUGCUGCUGGUGACUCUCAGAUCCACCUCUACGCAGACGACACUAUUUUGUAUACAUCUGGCCCUUCACUGGACACUGUGUUAACAAACCUCCAAACAAGCUUCAAUUCCAUACAACACUCCUUCCGUGGCCUCCAACUGCUCUUAAACGCUAGUAAAACUAAAUGCAUGCUCUUCAAUCGAACGCUGCUUGCACCCGCCCGCCCGACUAGAAUCACUACUCUCGGCGGGUCUGACUUAGAAUAUGUGGACAACUACAAAUACCUAGGUGUCUGGUUAGACCGUAAACUCUCCUUCCAGACUCACAUUAAGCAUCUCCAAUCCAAAGUUAAAUCUAGAAUCGGCUUCCUAUUUCGUAACAAAGCCUCCUUCACUCAUGCUGCUAAACAUGCCCUCGUAAAACUGACUAUCCUACCGAUCCUUGACUUCGGCGAUGUCAUUUACAAAAUAGCUUCCAACACUCUACUCAGCAAAUUGGAUGUAGUCUAUCACAGUGCCAUCCGUUUUGUCACCAAAGCCCCAUAUACUACCCACCAUUGUGACCUGUACGCUCUCGUUGGCUGGCCCUCACGACAUAUUCGUCGCCAAACCCACUGUCUCCAGGUCAUCUAUAAAUCACUUCUAGGCAAAUCCCCGCCUUAUCUUAGAUCAUUGGUCACCAUAGCAACACCCACCUGUAGUAUGUACUCCAGCAGGUAUAUCUCACUGGUCAUUCCCAAAGCCAACACCUCCUUUGGCCGCCAUUUCUUCCAGUUCUCUGCUGCAAAUGACUGGAACGAACUGCAAAAAUCUCUGAAGCUGGAGACACUUAUCUCCCUCACUAACUUUAAGCAUCAGUUGUCAGAGCAGCUUACCGAUCACUGCACCUGUACACAGCCCAUCUGUAAUUAGCCCACCCAACUACCUCAUCCCCAUAUUGUUAUUUACAUUGUUAUUUAUUUUGCUAAUUUGCACCCCAGUAUCUCUAUUUGCACAUCAUCUUCUGCACAUCUAUCACUCCAGUGUUAAUACUAAAUUGUAAUUAUUUUGCACUAUGGCCUAUUUAUUGCCUUACCUCCAUAACUUACUACAUUUGCACACACUGUAUAUAGAUUUUUUUGACUGUACGUUUUGUUUAUUCCAUAUGUAACUCUGUGUUGUUGUUGCUUUUAUCGCACUGCUUUGCUUUAUCUUGGCCAGGUCGCAGUUGUAAAUGAGAACUUGUUCUCAACUGGCUUACCUGAUUAAAUAAAGGUGAAAUAAAAAAUAAAAAAAUAAAACAUUCUCUAGGAGACAGAACGCUUCUCCUUCCUGAGCGGUAUGACGGCUGCGUGGUCCCAUGGUAUUUAUACUUGCGUACUAUUGUUUGUACAGAUGAACGUGGUACCUUCAGGCAUUUGGAAAUUGCUCCUAAGGAUGAACCAGACUUGUGGAGGUCUUGUGGCUGAUUUCUUUUGAUUUUCCCAUGAUGUCAAGCAAAGAGGCACUGAGUUUGAAGGUAUGCCUUGAAAUACAUCCACAGGUACACCUCCAAUUGACUCAAAUGAUGUCAAUUAGCCUACCAGAAGCUUCUAAAGCCAUGACAUCAUUUUCUGGAAUUUUCCAAGCUGUUUAAAGGCACAGUCAACUUAGUGUAUGUAAACUUCUGACCCACUGGAAUUGUGAUACAGUGAAAUAAUCUGUCUGUAAACAAUUGUUGGAAAAAUUACUUGUGUCAUGCACAAAGUAGAUGUCCUAACCGACUUGCCAAAACUAUAGUUUGUUAACAAUAAAUUUGUGGAGUGGUUGAAAAACGAGUUGUAAUGACUCCAACCUAAGUGUAUGUAAACUUCCGACUGUAUACUCCCUCUGUCAUUUGUCUUUGUCGGUCAUUGUAUAUGUUGCUUGUUUUCCUGAGAGGAAUCGCUCCUACUAUUUCCUGAGUACUUUAUAUUUUGCACUGUGGGUUUCGUCCUGCUUUCAUCUAUGGUGCUUAAAUAAAUUCAGUAGUUCUAAACCUGCGACUUCCUCCUGCCUACUCCUCUCUACACCAGUGACGCAUAUAAAAUGCAAUAUAAACAUUUGACAUAAAAGUAUGGCAUAAAAGUGGUUUGUAAUUAUUCCGUACAAUAUCCACUGAGAUGCACGUGUUUUAGUCUAUUGGUGAAAAAUUAAAGAUAUGAUGGCUGAUGCCAUAUAACUGCAUACAGAUCAAUGGAUAACUGCUAUGUAUCAACUUACAGAUUGUGCUUUGUCUGUGUUGUGAUUUCCUUUUAUCUCUGUCUGUAGAGUGGAGAUGUGUAGAAAACCCAUUGUGGGAAUUGACCUUUGUAUUUACAGGGUGUUUGUUGCCUGUGCUUCAAAGACUGGUCAUAGGACAGGAACAGACACAAAACAAUUAUGGGACACAAUAUUCUGUUCUUUCAAGCGUCUUCCUGCCAAGUUUCUCAGGGUGUGUCCCUCUCUCUCUCUCUCUCUCUCUCUCUCUCUCUCUCUCUCUCUCUCUCUCUCUCUCUCUCUCUCUCUCUCUCUCUCUCUCUCUCUCUCUCUCUCUCUCUCUCUCUCUCUCUCUCUCUCUCUCUCUCUCUCUCUCUCUCUCUCUCACACACACUCUCUCUCUCUCUCUCUCCCUCCCUUGGAGUCUAGUUUCCCUAAAGCACACCCACUGUGUAGAAACACACUGACACAUCAUUCUGGGGUAUUCAUCAGUUUACCUGGCCUGUGGUGCAGUGCUAAUGGGUGAAAUCUGAGGUCCCAGGUGGCAACCUACUGUACACACACACACACACACACACACACAUUCUACACACACACAUACAUACACAAUAGGUUAUUUAUUGGACUAGCUAGGUACUGUACUGCUGAACCCAUUGAAAUGUGUUUCCCUGGGCCUCCUCCAAUUGGGGAUCAAUAGGGUUUCAAAGCCUCAGCACAGGGCUGACCGGAUGACUGACUCACUCCUCUGAUACGAUAACUGAUCAAAAAGACAUAAAACUGGAAUCUCAUGCAGGGGGGUUGUGCUUAAUGUGUGACAAGCAAGCCGUGAUACAUUAUACUUCACUGCCAUAUGCCUCAACACCCUUGUAGUUUACCUAGGAAGCGCAUUGAGAUCAGUAUUUCCGCUACUCUCUUUCAGUAUACUGGACCUGACCGUUUAUGCACUGUAUCAUUCAGUGUUGUGAGUUUUUAGUUGACCAUACUGUUCCUGAACUUAAUGAAGCACACUAUCAAGUGAAACUCAGAACUUUGUGUCUGUGGUAAUGCUUGUCUGGUCUGAGUGGUCCUCACCCUGCAGUAUGUCCUCCCGUCCUCUAGGUGGAGUGUGAGAAGUCCAGCCUGCUGAUGAACCUGCAGGAGGCCCAGACCCAGCUGCAGCACACGCAGGGUGCCCUGACAGAGCAGCACGAGUGCGUCCACCGUCUCACCGAGCGCAUCAACGCUAUGAAGCGCCUCCACAGUGACAAGGAGAUGGCCGACGCCCAGGAGUCCGAGACGCCCGACGGGUUGCCCUCGCUCGGUGAGGUGGACAUCCACGGGAUGGAGAGUCUGGAGUGUAAGUACAAGGUGGCGGUAACCGAGGUGAUCGACCUAAAGGCGGAGCUAAAAGCUCUGAAGGAGAAAUCUAACCAUUGUGUGGAGGGCCAGGGGGAGGAGUGGAGCAGCAGCGAUGAGAAGGUCCAAGUUCUGGACGAGCAGGUCAACCGGCUGGAGCAAAGCUGCCGCAAGGCCUGUGAUAGGGUGGCGUGUUUGGAGGCGGAACUACAGGCGGCGACGGGCGUGGCCACGGAGAGCCAUGGCAUGCUGAACACGGCACAGGACGACCUGGUGACAUUCAGCGAGGAGCUGGCCCAGCUCUACCACCACGUGUGUCUCUGCAACAAUGAGACGCCCAACCGCGUCAUGUUGGACUACUACCGCCAGAGCCGCAACACCCGCAGCGGCAGCCUCAAGGGCUCCGAGGACCCCCGGGCACUCCUCUCCCCCCGCCUGGCUAGACGCCUCGCCGCCGUGAACGCCGGGCUCUCAGAGGCCCCCCGGAGCCCCAUGGACUCGCCCUCCAAAGACCCCCCCAGUGGAGACAACGGGACAACAGGGAGGGAGUCCCCAGCACCAGGUAGUCAGGGGAGCCCCACCCGCACACCCAUGGGCUCCCCGGUCAUCAACAGCUCCAACGGCUCUCCCUCCUCCUUUUCCGUCCCUCCCGAGGCGGGUGGAGAAUUGCGUAAGGAGCCCAUGAACAUCUACAACCUGAACGCCAUCAUCAGGGAUCAGAUCAAACACCUGCAGAGGGCCGUGGACCGCUCCCUCCAGCUGUCUCGACAGAGGGCGGCAGCCCGGGAGCUGGCCCCCUUAUUCGACAAGGACAAGGAGGCCUGCAUGGAGGAGAUCCUCAAGCUCAAGUCCCUCCUCAGCACCAAGAGGGAGCAGAUUGCCACACUCAGGCUGGUGCUCAAAGCCAACAAACAGGUGAGAAGAGCAGAGAACUGAGUACCUAGCCUAGUUCCAGAUUUGUUUGUGCUGUCUCGCCAAUGGCCGUUGGAGUUGGCAACAGCACAAACAGAUCAGCAUUAUCCAACAGGUUUGAUCAGUGUUCCUUUGCCCUGUUUUUUGGUAGAGAUAUAAAGUGGCUAAUAUACACAGUUUAUAAUCUGAUAUCAUGAAAGUAACUACACAAUUAAACCUAAUCCCAUUCUCUAUUCCAGACUGCAGAGGGGGCGCUGGCUAAUCUAA